UGGUAGUUUCUUCUUCAGCUGAGCGAUUCCGCAGUCGUUUACCCCGCCGUGAAGAAGCCGCAGUCCUGCGCAAGUGGUCAGGUACUGAGUUUAAGCGCUUGCAAAGAACACACAACUGAACCAUGGCGUAGCAUUAUAAGAAGCGCACCGAGGUGUGUGUUUGAUCUGUCGCCAAUACUUCAUUACCUGCUUUCAGUUCUAUCAGUAGAUCGCUAUGGGUGAUUCUCUAGCAAGUACGACUUCUGCUCGGGUCACUCGCGGUUAUCAGCGAGAAAUGCUAGACGAAAGUCUAAGAAGGAAUAUCAUAAUUGCGAUGGAUACUGGAUCUGGUAAGACUCAUAUUGCCGUUUUACGUUUAAAGAUCGAGGCGGAAAGAGAAUCACGAAAAAUUUCCUGGUUCUUUGCACCAACCGUCUCUUUAUGCGAACAACAAUAUAUGGUCAUCGACCAGGCACUCCCCGUUCCCAUCGGUCUCAUUACUGGCUCCAAAAACCCAGACCAAUGGAAGGACACGCACCUGUGGCGAACCGUGAUGGAAAAAUACCGCGUGGUUGUAUCGACGCCGCAGGUGCUUUUGGAUGCGCUACGCCACGGAUACAUCGUUAUGGGCCGGGAUAUCAGUCUUCUCGUUUUUGACGAAGCUCAUCAUGCCGUCGAAGGAGAUCCUUACAAUCGCAUCAUGCAGGAAUUUUACAGACCCCUUCCUCCUCGAACAAGAACAGCGGGAGUACCAUUUCCAGCUCUUGUUCGGCCUAUGAUCAUGGGCUUGACCGCCAGUCCGAUAUAUGGAGGCAAUGUCGAUCGUUCUUUCAACGUGAUCGAGCAAAACCUAGACAGUGUUAUUGCGUCUCCUCUAAUGCAUCGUGAAGAGCUGGCUCAAUAUGUACAUCGGCCAGUCUUCAAGCACAUACUCUAUCGUCCGUCAAAGGGUUCGAAAAUCUCGACAAACCUCGCAGCUUUGGAAUACGCUAUAGAAAACCUCGACAUUGAGGACGAUCCGUACGUAAAAUCCCUCCGACGCGGCCUUGCAUCAGCAGCUCCGGGGAGUGCAGAGUAUAGAAGAAUCGACGGGAAACUCUCUAAGGUCGUAUCGAAGGAAGAUACGUUCACCCAUAAAGGUCUCCGAGACUGUAAACGGACUGCUGAAACCAUUCUCGAGGAUGUUGGAUACUGGGCUGCAGAAUGGUUCGUUUGGGAAGUGCUCUGUAACGCCAAAGAAGCCGCUGGCCCGCUUCGGCAUAUGAUGAAAACCUGGAAAGUUGAAGAGAAAGUAUACCUCCUAGAGAUCAUCAACAGUAUUCCCCUCACCCCUCCCUCGUAUGCGCCGGAAGACGUGGAAAACGGCCUCUCAGACAAAGCCAUAGCACUCAUUGAAUGCCUUUUAGCAGAGAAGGACGAGGCAGAGAGAUGCAAUGCGGUAUUCAGUGGCUUAGUCUUUGUUCAACGUCGUGAUGUAGUAUUGGCGCUGAAAGAGGUCCUCAGCAACCAUCCUGUCAUCGCAAGUAGUUUUCGACUCGGCUCUCUUCUCGGGACGUCGGAUAGUGGACAUCGUCAUUCAAUGAUGGACAUCACCCGUCGGAUGGCGAAGGAAUCACCCAGUGAGGUCUUAGGAGAAUUUCGGAUCGGAGAGAAAAAUCUGAUUGUAUCUACAUCCGUUGCGGAGGAAGGUAUCGACAUCCAGGCCUGCGGUUGCGUUAUCAGAUGGGAUUUACCUCCCAAUAUGGCGUCGUGGGCACAGAGUCGUGGACGAGCCAGAAAGGAAAGGAGCACUUUCGUCUUGAUGUUCGAGGAAGGUAGCAACGUUAAGCAAGAUGUAGCAAAAUGGGAGAACCUGGAACGAGAAAUGGUUGCGAGAUACACUGAUUCUAUGAGGCAAGCGUUGCAUUUGGUAGAUGGCUAUCCUGACGAAGACGAUCUAAAGUUCGAGGUUCCUCAAACUGGAGCUCUUUUGACGCUGCAGUCAGCCAUUCCUCAUCUCUCACAUUUCUGUGCUGUCCUCCUUUCCCGAAAUUUUGGAGAAUACCAGCCCAUCUACGACAUCGAUCCACCAGAACAUCCACUUGGGUGGCACACCUUCCAUCCUCAGUCCCAGAACGUGCCCCUCUAUCAGGGGCCUUGGACCUCAACUGUGACGCUUCCCCGAGUUCUUCCACCGGAAUUACGCGUGUUCGCAACUGAUAGAGCGUAUGCAAACAAGGUUUCUGCUCACCAACAUGCAGCUUUCGCUGCUUAUCGCUGUCUCUAUGAACACGGAUUUCUCAAUGACCACCUCUUGCCGUUAUUUGUCGACGAUGAUGAGGUCAAAGACCUCAAGCAAGAUGUAGAGAAACGCCUGGCUUUGGUUGACGUUCAGAAGCAAAUCAACCCGUGGGUCUCCCCCAGUGAGAGUGGAGUGUGGUAUAGGUCGAAGCUUAUGAUUGGAGAUCUACCGCCCUUGUAUAUCUUCACACAGGUCGAUCCCGCUCCUUGGACAGAGCGGAAUGGCCCGAUCCUUCACGUGCCGAACGACAAUCAGCUCAGGGUGCAACUCGAUCGAAUCGAUACUGUAGGGAUUGACGACGAGUGCAUCAUGAAAGCCCGAGAUUACACCAGGAUGAUAUUCUGGAGCCUACACGGUGUUCGCAUGCGUUGGGAUCAACUGGAUUUCUGUUACCUUCUUCUUCCUGUAGACAAUUCCGAAGGGCAUUGGCAUGAGCGCAGAUCAUGGGCUCAAUCGGUUGAUCCUGUUCCUUCCGAUAAAGAGGCGUUCCAUGCCAACGCACUUUUAAUGGGCGAGCGCUACGACUUUUCGGCAGACCUGACCGUGAUCAAGAGAGGUGCUGCUUCUUCCAAAGUCUAUCGCUUUGUUCGAUGGAGAUGGGACUCGGAGCCUUUAACUACAGAGGAACGGGAAAGUCUGCACAAUAUGUAUCGCAAUCCCGAUCUGGAAAUAUCCUUUCCCCUCUUAGUUGUAGAAUCAUUCCCCUCCAGAUCCAAUUUCCUUGUUCCUCUACCUCUGGCUACGACUCCUACAGCACGUCCAAAACAGAUUCUCCUCAUCCCUGCAUUAUCAUCCGUCAUAUUGCUCUCUCCUACAGAUAUUCAAUAUGCCUUUCUUCUUCCUUCUGUCCUCCGCGCACUUUACAUGACGUUCACCGUAACAUCGUUCCGCCGUUCGAUCCUCUCCAGUACGCCGCUUUUUGAGAUAUCAGAAGAGCUUUUGACAGUAGCCUUGACGGCUCCGGUAUCUCAAGAGCGAAAGAAUUAUCAACGUCUCGAGACUUUGGGGGAUGCGAUUCUUAAAUACGCAGUAGCUGUGCAGACCUUUGACGAAUAUCCAUUGUGGCCUGAGGGGUAUCUUACAAAAAAGAAGGAUCAUGCCGUUAAUAAUGCUAGGCUAGCGAAGGAGAGCAUGAACAGGGACACAUUCAAAUGGAUUAUACGGGACCGUAUGUUAGCAAAGAAAUGGAAACCGGCGUACAUUUCUCCUUCGUCCUCUCCUCCGCCUGUCACUCCUGGUCCUGUUGUGCCUUCAUUCGCUGAAUCCGCUGGGCCAGGAGCAAAGAAGAUCAGGAAAAAAUCGAAGAAAAAUCCCCAUGAAAUGUCCACGAAAGUACUGGCGGAUGUUGUCGAAGCCCUUAUUGGUGCAGCAUACGACCAUGGCGGUAUCGAUAUGGCCUAUGAAGCUAUGAGAUUCUUCGACCUUGGCUUGAACUGGAAACCUCUCUAUGUCCGGGUCACUAAUAGCCUUCGUCGAGUUGAUGAGAACGAAUUACGUGACGUUCAGAUUCCGGAGCAAGUGAUACAUGUAGAAAAAAUAAUCGGGUACACCUUCGCGCGCAAGAUGUUACUUGUGGAAGCCCUUACUCAUUCGAGCCAUCAACAAGACUUGGGUACCAUUUCCUAUGAACGAAUGGAAUUCCUAGGUGACGCCGUGCUUGAUAUGAUCGUCAAUGAUUACCUGUACUAUGCACCAGGGAAGGAAUACAGUCCUGGUCAUGUUUAUCUUCGGAAGGUGGCCGUCGUCAAUGCGCAUAUCUUGGCUUUCGUCUGCCUGAACGCCUCACUGGAACUCAGUAUGCACAUGCCCGAACCGGACGAAGACGGGAUCAUAUCUUUGAAAGACGAGAGCAAGACUGUCCAUCUAUGGCAGUGUUUGCUCCAUUCCAGUACUCAAAUCCACAAUGAACAAAUGACUACACAGGCUCGAUUCCGCAAGCGUGGCGAGGAGAUCGCGACAGCCCUCAGAUCAGGUAUGAUCUUCCCAUGGGCCGCUCUGACACGACUUCAAGCUCCAAAAUUUUUUGCGGAUAUGAUUGAAAGCAUUUUCGGUGCCGUCUACCUUGACUCAGGAGGAGAUUUAGAUGCUGUCCGAGGGGUAAUGUGGAAAUUGGGUCUUAUGCAGGUUCUCAAGCGCAUCGUUGAUGAGGGUGUUGAUACUCUCCACCCAGUCUCACGAUUGUCGAUGUGGGCUGCAAAGGAGCAUAAAAAGAUCAAAUACGAAUACGUCCGAGAGAGUGGUCACAUCACUUGCAAUGUUUUGAUUGACGACGUAAUCCUCGAUGGCGCGAGCGAACGUGAUAUCUACCACGGCAAAGCUAGUCAAGAAGAGGUGCGAUUGGCUGCUGCGGAAGCGGCUAUUCAGAAAUUCCGUCUUCGGGCAUGAACUUCUCAUAACCGAGGGGGUUUUUCCAUGGGAGCGACGGGAAUAAGUCACUCCAGAUUCUCAAUUCAAUCGAGUACAACAUACAACCUUCGUCGACCAUCUGUAUUAUUUUUGGAGCUUUAAUGCAAUAUCUCACUGGUGACUGG